AUGAGCACAGCCAGUCACCCGCCCGGCAGUUCUGGCUCGCCCGAUUUCCGAGCCUCAGUUGGUACCAGUAGUACUGCAAUCGACACGGGUGCUCCGCGAUUUAGGGCACCACGGUCGCUCCCUCCGUGGAUAGAUUCCUAUGAGACACGAUACGGACAGGCCACAGAAGACCAGCUCCGAUUACUAUCCCCUCCCGCCCGCGCUGUCCCGCCACAGCAUAAUCAUGCGCCCGCCGAACCCAACCGCCGAGUAUCCCGAGACGGCUAUGUCGACCUAGCCGGCGAUCCAAUCCUCGAGAAUGCACGCCCGCGCCCGAAGAUAAAGCUCACAGAUGUCUUCAGAGGCAAGGGAGCGCAGCACGGAAGGAAGUGGGAUCACCUACGGACCGCAGACCCUGUAAUUGUCUCGGCGCAUCGACCGGCGACCCAAGGACCUCCGGCAGCAUGGAGAGACUUCCUCCAAUCGUCGACUUACGGACACAUGGAUGGCGAAGAAUCAGAGGUCGUAGAUGUGGCGGUGCUGGAUAAGUUGCAGCCCGAUUUCAACAAGCGAUACGACGAAAACGCACAUCGAGACAUUGAGAGUAAGACCUCGAAGCGGAAACAGUCAAAAACCCUCUGGAAAAGAAUAUGGUCACUUGUUCUCCGACAUUACCUUAUUCCUUUCAUCUUUCGACUCACGGUCAUGGUCACGUCCAUCAUCGCCUUGGCUAUCGCAGCUCGUAUCUAUGAGGUUGAGAAUGCGAAAAGCGGCUCCAGUCCUGAGCGCGCCCAAAGCAUCGUGGCCAUCGCUGUCGAUACCGUCGCCUUGCCAUACAUAGGCUAUAUGCUCUGGGACGAGUACACAGGCAAGCCUUUGGGUCUCCGACCGGCUGUCCAGAAGAUCUCUCUGAUACUGUUGGACCUCUUCUUCAUUAUAUUCAAAUCAGCCAGCACAUCCUUGGCAUUCGAGUCACUUGUCUUCCAUAACGUGGACGCAGGCCCAGCUAGGCAUCUUUCCAAGGCACUGGCGUCCUUCAUGUUGUACAACGACUCGGGGGAGGCGAGGAUGAAAGCUCUCACGAUCAUAUCAGAGAAGAUGGCGCCCGCACUCCAGAUGCCUCCGGUCCCUAACCGGGAAGACAUCGGAGCCACAUGGAAGUACCUUGAGGCCGGCAUUCAGCGCAUCAUGCUAGAUCUUGAGCGUGGUAUCGACAUGCAAAUCUACAUGGGAGUCUACACUGCCGUCCACAACUUCUGCACCUCCCAAAAGGCGGUUGGAUUAAGCGUGCCACAAGGUAGCAUCGGAUCAGGUAACCAUAGGGGAGCUCACCUGCUCGGAGAGGAGCUUUACAACAAGCUCAUUGACUACCUCAAGUCACAUCUUCAACUCCUCGUCACACAGUCCAAGACGCACACCGACGAAGCACUCCUGACGUUCUACAUCAAAGAAUGGAACCGAUACACUGUCGCUGCCAAGUACAUCCAUCACCUUUUUCGGUACCUGAACCGACACUGGGUAAAGCGGGAGAUGGACGAGGGCAAGAAGAACAUUUACGAUGUUUACACGCUCCACCUUGUCCAGUGGCGUAGAGUGCUGUUCGAGCCCGUUUCGAAGAAGGUCAUGGAAGCUGUUCUGAAGCUCGUCGAGAAGCAGCGCAACGGCGAGACGAUCGAGUAUGGUCAGAUCAAGCAGGUCGUUGAUUCCUUUGUGUCUCUUGGCCUUGAUGACUCCGAUCCCACGAAGUCGACCCUGGACGUUUACAGAUAUCACUUCGAGCGCCCUUUCUUGGAGGCCACCAAGGAGUAUUACCAAAACGAGUCGAAGCAGUUUGUGGCUGAGAACAGUGUUGUGGAGUACAUGAAGAAGGCGGAGGCUCGCUUGGCUGAAGAGGAGGAGCGAGUCCGCAUGUACCUGCACGCCGAUAUAAUAACUCCCCUGCGGAAGACGUGCAAUCAAGCGCUCAUCGGCGACCACUCGCAGCUGCUCCGCGACGAGUUCCAAGUUCUCCUGGACAACGACAGAGAAGAAGACAUGGCCAGGAUGUACAAGCUCCUGUCCAGGAUUCCCGAAGGCCUAGACCCUCUCCGCCAGAGGUUCGAGACUCACGUCCGCAAGGCUGGCUUGGGUGCCGUCGAAAAGGUGGCAUCGGAUGCCGAGAAGUUGGAGCCAAAGGUCUACGUUGACGCCUUGCUGGAAAUUCAUUCUCAGUACUCUGGGCUCGUGACUAGAGCGUUCGAGGGAGAGGCCGAGUUCACCCGAUCGCUGGAUAACGCCUGCCGCGAGUUCAUCAACAGAAACGAGGUUUGCAAGUCAGGCUCGAACAAGUCGCCAGAGCUUCUGGCCAAAUACACGGAUGUCUUGCUCCGCAAGAGCAGCACUGGCAUUGAGGAGGGCGAAUUGGAGAACACGCUGACGCAGAUCAUGACCGUCUUCAAGUACAUUGAGGACAAGGACGUCUUCCAGAAGUUUUACUCUCGCAUGCUUGCUCGCCGGCUGGUCCACAGCAACUCUUCGUCAGACGACGCAGAGACCAGUAUGAUCAGCAAGCUCAAGGAAGCAUGUGGUUUCGAGUACACGAAUAAGCUGCAGAGGAUGUUCCAGGACAUGCAGACGUCGAAGGAUCUUAACGUCAGUUUCAAGGAGCAUGUGACUGGCCUUGGUGUCACCAAGAACGCCCUCGACUCUCAGUACUCCAUUCUUGGUACUGGUUUCUGGCCCCUGACGGCACCAAACACCAGCUUCACCCCCCCUGCUGAAAUUAAUGAGGACUGCGAGCGCUUCUCCCGCUUUUACAAGAACAGACACGAGGGUCGCAAAUUGACCUGGCUGUGGCAGCUUUGCAAGGGCGAGUUGAAGGCUGGUUACUGCAAGAACAGCAAGACGCCGUACACUUUCCAGGUGUCGGUCUACCAGAUGGCGAUUCUCCUCAUGUUCAACGACAAGGAUAAGCACACCUACGAAGACAUUGCCGGUGUGACGUUGUUGAGCUCUGAGGUGCUGGACCAGGCUCUUGCCAUUCUCCUCAAGGCCAAGGUGCUCAUUGCUUCUCCCGAGGGCAAGCCCGAGGCCGGCAAGUCUUUCCGACUCAACUAUGACUUCAAGAGCAAGAAGAUCAGAGUCAACCUGAACCUUGGAGGAGCCAAGGAGGCGAAGCAAGAGGAAGUAGAGACCAACAAGACGAUUGAGGAGGACCGAAAGCUUCUGCUUCAGUCUGCCAUCGUUCGUAUCAUGAAGGCGAGGAAGAAGAUGAAGCACACGCAGCUUGUCAGUGAGACCAUCAACCAGAUUCGGUCGCGAUUCGUGCCGAAGGUCUCGGAUAUCAAGAAGUGCAUAGAGAUUCUGCUCGACAAGGAGUACUUGGAACGGCUUGAGGAUGACGAGCUUGGGUACUUGGCGUAA